CCGCGGCCUCUGACAGGUCCCGGGGGCCUGCGAGUGUCAUUGGUGGUGACCGCAGCCGCGCCGCCGCCGCUGCCGCCGCGACCAUGGCCUCCGGUAGCAGUGGGCUCGCCGCCGCCCGCCUUCUGUCGCGUUCCUUCCUCUUGCAACAGAAUGGAAUUCGGCAUUGCUCCUAUGUAGCUUCCCGGAAACAUCUCUACGUUGAUAAAAAUACAAAGGUUAUUUGUCAGGGUUUCACUGGUAAGCAGGGCACCUUUCACAGCCAGCAGGCAUUGGAGUAUGGCACCAAACUCGUUGGAGGAACCACUCCAGGGAAAGGAGGCAAGACGCACCUGGGCUUACCGGUCUUUAAUACUGUAAAGGAGGCCAAAGCACAGACAGGAGCGACAGCUUCUGUCAUUUAUGUCCCUCCUCCUUUUGCUGCUGCUGCCAUUGACGAAGCUGUGGAGGCGGAAAUGCCCUUGGUCGUGUGCAUUACUGAAGGUAUCCCACAGCAGGACAUGGUACGGGUCAAACACAAAAUACUGCGCCAGGGAAAGACAAGGCUGAUCGGGCCCAACUGCCCCGGAGUCAUCAAUCCUGGAGAAUGUAAAAUUGGUAUCAUGCCUGGCCAUAUUCACAAGAAAGGAAGAAUUGGUAUUGUGUCCAGAUCUGGCACCCUGACUUACGAAGCAGUUCACCAAACAACACAAGUUGGACUGGGGCAGACUUUGUGCAUUGGCAUUGGAGGUGAUCCUUUUAAUGGAACAGAUUUUAUCGACUGCCUGGAAGUCUUUCUGAAUGACCCAGCCACAGAAGGCAUCAUCCUGAUUGGUGAAAUUGGUGGUAAUGCAGAAGAAAACGCUGCAGAAUAUUUGAAGCAACAUAAUUCAGGCCCCAAAGCCAAGCCUGUGGUGUCCUUCAUUGCUGGCUUAACGGCUCCUCCCGGCAGGAGAAUGGGUCACGCAGGCGCCAUUAUUGCUGGAGGAAAAGGUGGCGCAAAGGAGAAGAUCUCUGCUCUUCAGAGCGCAGGGGUUGUGGUCAGCAUGUCGCCUGCACAGCUGGGAAACACCAUGUACAAGGAGUUUGAAAAGAGGAAGAUGCUAUGAAAGGGAAAACAGAAAGUGCCCUAAGCCUGCGGAAUGAAUCAUUGUGCAAAGCGAACCAGUGGCAGUUGCUUCUGUUGUGCAUUGCCAGCCUGCGCCCGUCCCUGGGCUCCACACAGCGGGAAGCCAAAACAGAAACAAGGCUUCGAAAGUUCUGUCUUGAGAUGUUCUCACCUCGUGUGACGGAGACAGCCAAUAAAUCUACCAUUUGAUCUGAA